UCAGUGAAUUGGGUUUGCGUUGAGUUGUGUUUGUAAUGCAGUCUUGAGAUGACAUCCUCUAUGACUAUAACGACAACAUUGAAGUGGAAAAAGUUGUCACCGCAAGAGUUUGAAGCAUUACAACAAUACAUACAAUAUUCAACAAAGAAGUUGAGUGAUGUCUUAGAGACCGAGUUUAAAGAGUCGGGCGCUUUCUCGCGCUAUAAUCCCGAGGGUGACAUGGAUUUAGAGGGUUUUCAAAGUUUUAUGGAUAAAUAUCUGGAGGUCGAGACUCCCAGAGAUUUAAUUAAACGACUAUUUCUGUCAUUUGUAAAGAAAAGUGUUUCACCAAUUCAUAAGAUAAUCGAUUUAAAGCCCAUCCGAAAGACGAGCUCUCAUAUAGACGUAAACCUACUUCGAGUGCCAUUUAAAGAUGUGGUUUGUUAUCUAUCACUGCUAGAGGCCGGUCGUCCAGAGGAUAAGUUAGAGUUUGUAUUUAGACUUUACGACACCGAUAGUAAUGGCUAUUUGGAUAGUAAUGAGAUGGACUGUAUUGUGGAUCAGAUGAUGACAAUGGCUGAGUACUUGGGAUGGGAUGUCUCGGAAUUGAAACCGAUAUUACAAGAUAUGAUGGUUGAGAUCGAUUAUGACGCCGACGGAACUGUAUCUUUGGAUGAAUGGAAAAGGGGUGGAUUGACUACUAUUCCAUUAUUAGUUCUUUUGGGAUUAGAUUCUCAAACAGUCAAAGACGACGGCAAUCAUGUUUGGCGGCUAAAGAACUUCAAUAGACCCGCGUAUUGUAAUCUUUGCCUUAAUAUGUUAGUAGGAUUAGGAAAGAAAGGACUUUGUUGUGUCUUUUGUAAAUAUACAGUCCAUGAACGGUGUGUGCAAAGGGCACCGGCGUCUUGUAUUAGCACUUACUCUAAGUCGAAAAAGACAUCUCAGGUUUUUACUCAUCAUUGGACGGAAGGCAACUGUACGGGCAAAUGCAGUAAAUGCCGUAAACCUAUUAAAUCAUAUAAUGGUAUAACAGGACUGCAUUGUCGUUGGUGUCAAAUGACCCUCCACAACUUGUGUGCCUCUCAAGUAAAGCCGGAAUGUAAUUUAGGCCAACACAGGGAUCAUAUAAUAGCUCCCACUUCUAUUGUGCCCAUAGUUCUCGAAAGACAGAGGAGUGUGACCAGUGAUAGGGGACAGAAAAAAGCAUUGACCAGAAGUGACUCAAAUAUGUUGACUAAUGAUAAUACUCAACAACAAGGGGUGAGUCCCAUGUCAUUUCAAAUAACUCCAUUUCCAAAUCAACACCCAUUACUUGUGUUGAUUAAUCCAAAAAGUGGUGGCCGUCAGGGCUUAAGAAUUCUGCGAAAAUUCCAAUAUUUACUAAAUCCAAAACAGGUCUACAAUAUAACGAAAGGCGGUCCGAAUCAGGGACUUAACUUUUAUAAGGAUGCGCCUAAUCUUCGUGUGCUAUGUUGUGGUGGCGACGGCACCGUUGGCUGGAUUCUCGAUACAAUCGACAAAAUGAAUUUUACAAAACUGCCUCCAAUUGCUAUCCUUCCGUUGGGAACCGGUAACGAUUUAGCCCGUUGUCUGCGUUGGGGACCGGGAUAUGACAACGAAAGCCUAAAUAAAAUAUUGAAAAAAGUAGAAAAUUCCACAAUUGUUUUGAUGGAUCGAUGGAAAAUUGAAAUCAGCUCUUCUGAUAGUGUCAAAGAAAAAGGAGAUCCCAUUCCCAGCAAUAUCUUUAACAACUAUUUUAGUAUUGGAGUCGACGCGUCGAUAGCAAUCAAGUUUCAUACGGAAAGAGAGAAACAUCCGGAGAAGUUUAGCAGUAGAAUGAAGAACAAGAUGUGGUACUUUGAAUUCGCCACAAGUGAGACAUUUUUCGCCACUUGCAAGAACUUACACGAAGACAUUGAUAUAUUGUGCGAUGGUUCACAACUUGAUUUAAGGAAUGGGCCAUCACUUCAAGGUAUUGCUGUAUUGAACAUACCAUCAAUAUAUGGCGGUUCCAACUUAUGGGGAGAAAAUUCAAGUCAAAAGAAUAGAAGCAAAUUAUUAAAGAGAAAGAGAUAUCGACGCGAUAGGGAACACCUAAGUAAUAGUCUGUCCAGUAUUGACUUAACAACGGCUGUCCAGGACAUUGGCGACAACUUUAUUGAAGUAAUUGGUGUCGAGAACUGUAUGCAUGUCGGACAGGUCAAGGCCGGACUCAGAGCUUCGGGUAGACGACUGGCCCAAUGUAGUAGUGUUGUCAUUAGGACUAGAAAACGAUUUCCGAUGCAAAUCGAUGGCGAACCAUGGAUUCAACCUCCAUGUACUAUUCAUAUAAGUCACAAGAAUCAGAUGCCAAUGUUAAUGGCGGCCACACCAACACCCAAAACCCAAUCAGCUCUCUCUUUCAUUCAAAGAUGUUGCCGACAGCAAUCACUCGAAGAAAUCGAUGACAUCGAGAACUCUACUUCUUAGCCAACGAUUGUUUCAUAGUAUUAGUCAACAGAAUUGUUAAUACAAUUACACAGUUUUAUCAAAUUAAUGAUUUUCAGUGCCCAUAGAAAUCCUAUUUUUAUUUUUAAUGGAUUUAUAGGCCAAUCAUUUUAUUUGUCUAUUAUUUACUUAUUUAUUUGCGGAUUGUAAAUAAGUUUUGCUUAUUGAUCGACAAAAAAUUGUGACAUCAAAUGAUUAUAACAUUUUAAUACUUAAUACCACUUUAUACUAAAUUCAUUUUUCUAGUUAAAAACAAAUCUCAUUAUUUAAUAUUAAUAUUUA